UAUAUAAAAGACACUUGACAGAAUUUAGUUGUUAUCAUAUUUUAGGAUUAACUUUUUCAAGUCAAAUUAAGUGAUUGUAUUAACCGGGUACAUUAGUUUUAAGUAUUUGUGUAUAAGAGUGAUGUAAAAUUUUAUGAUACAUUUUCUAACGUGUGUUCCAAAUUAUAUCUAAUUAAGAUAAGAGACACAUAUUUAUAUAAUAUUAUCGAUUAUUUUGAGGAACGAUGUCAAAAGUCAGGUUAUAAUUUGUUGAAAAACUUUUAUUUAUGCUCUGGUGACGUAAUUAUUAAGGAAUGAACUUUAGUAAAAAGUGAAAAAUUAAUAUAAAAUGGAUGUUCGAAAUUCAAUUAGAGACUGGUAUAAAAUACCAAAAGGUAUACUAAGGCUGUGCUUUAUUUUAAUAAAUAAUUUAUAUUCAAUACCAACGUAUGUGAUGUGGAUGUUCCUCUUGUUACCACUCAGAAAAGUUAACCCAGAGGUUUAUUGGAAGAUCGAAGGAUAUUUUUUCCAUUGGCUUUUAGCCAUGGUUUCAUUAUGGAGUUAUUCGGCAGGUUAUAACAUUGUGGAAUUAGGAGAUGAUCUUACGGAAUGUUUAGAUGAUCGGACACUUGUAAUAGCAAAUCAUCAAUCUACAGCUGAUGUGCCUUUAUUAUUUGCUUGUUUCAAUCCGAGGAAACAAAUUAUACCAAAUAUAAUGUGGAUCAUGGACAGUGUCUUCAAAUAUACAAAUUUUGGAGUUGUUAGUGUAUUGCACAAGGAUUUUUUUAUUAUGUCGGGUAAGGCAAAGCGUGAAAAAUCUCUCCAAGAAUUCAGAAAACAUUUGUUGAAUUAUUACAUCCCCCUUAAAAGGAAAUGGUUGGUAUUGUUUCCCGAAGGUGGAUUUUUAAGGAAACGGAAAGCUAUAUCUCAACGAUAUGCCGAAAAAAUGAAUUUACCCAAAUUUGAACAUGUUACUUUACCAAGAGUUGGAGCUAUGCAAGUUAUAAUGGAUACUUUGAGUCAAAAGAGUGUCAUAAAUAAUAAUUCUAAUUCUGAAAAUAGUGAUAAAACAGAAAUUCCAAAAAUCGAAUGGGUCCUCGAUAUAACGAUCGCAUAUCCUAACGGUUGGCCUGUAGAUCUGAGCCAUAUAGUAUUUGGACAUCGUGAAGCUUGUGAAACAAUUAUGUUCUACCGAUUAUACCCCUGCAAAGACCUACCUCAGGAUUCAGAAAAUCUUACUAAAUGGGUGUUCGAUAGGUGGUCGGAGAAAGAAAAAAUGUUAGAUUCCUACUAUCGGACCGGUACAUUUACUUGUGAUUUUAAUAGUAAGAAGUGUGUAGGUCCGCGUCGGGCUGUAGUACAAGAUUAUUUGAGAUUUGCUAUAUUACACGUAUUUUUUAUAGCUUCAACUUAUUUGCACGUACAGAUGUUUGUGGCAGCUUACAACUAUUACAAUUAUUUUGUUUAUUAACAUCCCCAUAUUUAGUAUUUCACCAAAUUCAAAAAUUAUAUCGAUUUUCGAGAAAUAACAGAACUGAAAAUAUAUUUUUUUAUAUACUAGGUGUAUAUUGAGUGUGAUUUAAUAUUUGAUGUACAAUAUCAACUAAAAAUUUCUAUGUAUUCGAAGUUUUUCUUAGUGUACUGUCAAAAAAAAAAUAAUAUUCUUGUGAUAUAUUAAUGGCAUGAGGCUCAUUUGACUUUGAUGUUUCAAAGUAGUUCAUUUAUUUCUAUAAUUAUGACGUUUACGAGUAGUUCAUUCGACUCUAUAAGUUUGGAUGGCCCAAAUUAGUACAUUUAUCGCUAGAAGCCAAUCAACGUUGAAAGGAAGUUCAUAUGUACCCGUCAUCAACAUAUCCUCGAAAUUUAAUUUUAUUUUGCAAUAUUUUGGUUUUAAUGUCGAUUUUUCUUUUUCUGUAUUUAAAUUAAUGAAAUUUUUUUUCUUGUUUUCUCUGAAAAUCAAAAAUUUGACUGUAAAAAGAAAUUUUUCUAACAUUUCAAUUGACCGUAUAGUCUUUGGCGUUCCAAAGUAGUUAAUUUGUGUCUAGAAGCCUAUCAAAGCUGAUGAGUAGUUCAUUUGUACCCUGUUAUCAGCAUAUCCUCGAAGGUCUUUUCAAUAUUUUGGUGUUGAUAAGUUUUUCUUCAGUAUCUAAAUAAAUAACAUAUUUUUUUGUCUAUCUGGAAAUCAAAACUUUGACUUGUAAACAGUAUCUUUGACUUUUCAAAGUAGUUCAUUUGUUUGUAUAAUUAUCACUUUUAGUACUUCAUUUGUUUGUUGUCUUGUAAACACUAUCUUUGACGUUUAAAAGUAGUUCAUUUGUACCCCAUUAUCCUUGAGGUUAAUUUUAAUUCAAUUGUUUUGAUUCUUUUGCUAUCUUUCGAUUUUGUUUUCGAUUUUUUCCUUCAAUUUUCAAAUAAAUUACAUUUUUGUUUUUUUUUACUGAAAACUAAAACUCAUAAACAGUAACUUUUCCAGUACUUACUUUUCCAGUACUUCAUUUAAUAAUAUAGUCAUCGACGUUACAAAGUAGUUCAAUUGUCUCUGGAAGCGUAUCAACGUUGAAUAGUAGUUCAUUCUUACCCCGUCAUCAGCAUAUCCUCGAAGUUCAAUUUUAUUUAAAUUUUUUAAAUUACUUUGCUAUAUUUGGUGUUUUUAUCGGUUUUUUUCUCAACCAAAACUUUGACUUGCGUUUCAAAGCAGUUCAUUUGUUACUAUAAUUAUAACAUUUACCAGUAGCCCAUUCGACUCUAUAAGCUCUAAUGUUUCAAAGUACUUUGUUUGUUUAUAGAAACCUAUCAACGUUGGGGAGUAGUUCAUUUGUAGUCCGUCAUCAGCACUCACUUAUCUUCAGUAAAGUUAUUAAUUCUAAUUCAAAGUAGCCUGUAUAAUAUCGAAUUAUAAAUGUCGUAAAGUGUGUGAUAAAAUAUCUUAUGAACCUGUUGUAAUUUACAAAAAUUCUUAUUUUUAUUUAAGAUCUUUUUUCAGUUUCUUUUCGUACUAUAAAAAAAAACAGUUAACAAUUUCUAUCAAAAUAAGGAUUCGUUUAAAAUUUAGUUUCAACUGAUAUCCUUCUGUACUUCGAUUUUAAGUUCCGAUAGUUAUCUGGUAACAUACUAAAGCUCAAAUUUGCAUUUUUGUAAUUCUCUUGGAGAAAAUUGAGUUGUAGUCCCCAAAAGUUACUUCUCAGCUCUUUAUCGGCUCCUAGUAAUCAAACUAUGGGGAGUUCAUUGUUUUUUUCUUAUCAUUACCCAAAAAAUAUAUACAAAUAUUCUAUGUGGACUGAAGUUAGGGUAAUUAGAGAAUAUAUUCUACAAAAAAUUAUAUUUAUACAUAAAUAUUUAUUCUCAUGAUUCAAUUUUUCUAUAUUCUUAAAAAAUGAUGAUAUAAUCAUUUAAAAUUAAUAAUUGUAUUUUAAAAAAAGAGAAAAUUGAUAACGAUUAGUUUAUAUUGUGAAUAUUUAUUGUAUGAGCCUUAAAGCAUAAAGAAAAAUGACAUACAUAAAAAUAGACAGGGUAAAAAAGACAUUGUACUUUGUACAAGAGAAUGCAAUAACUCUUUCGUUGUUAUAUAACUCUAGAAGAAGUUCAAAAUAUUGAAUAGAAUUGUAGUAUUUGGAAAAUAUCCUGGGAUUAAUUUUACAAACAUCAGUUUAUUUUAAAAAUUAUUAAGGAUGAUAUUUCAAUUUUUAUCAUGAAUUAUUCCAUGCCACAAUUGAACGUUUUCUUAGCCACUCUAAUUUCUUUUCAAUAACUCUGAUGGAUGAAUGUAUAAUAAACCAAUAAUACUCAGGUAUCGAUAAAAGAAUCGUUACUUACAUUUUUUAUCAUAAAAUUUAAAACAAAUUUUAAAAAUAGUAAUAAGUAUUGGUAUAAAUAUUAUACAUACAAAGGAUUAUACGCAGAAAGGCAGGUUUUGUAGUGAUUCCUAACAAUAUUGAACAAUUUCUGAGUGUAGCGAUCAGAUAAGAGUCUUUUCGAAGGUGCAGAGGUACCAAUGAUCGAAUAAAUUCGUGCUUUUCAUUAAGAAAACAUUCUAGAUAUCUUAGAAGAACUUCCCGAAAGAAGUAUUUGUUUUGUGAAAAGAAAAUUUAGAUGCGAUCCACAAGGUUAUUGAAAGCAACUUAUACAUCCAACUGUGGAGGAAAUUGUCGAAGAAGGUUCAGAAUAUGUACCAAGAAAAAUUUUUCAAUCAUCUGGCGUCGAAUUAUGAGAUAUUUGCAAGAAUUGAAUGAUAUCUUUGUGAAAAUGGAAGCUUCAAACCAUUUUAUGUGAGUUGUCGAUUAUCCGUAAUCUGUAAAUGGAAGAAAACAUUCUAGAUAUCUUAGAACUUCCCGAAAGAAGUAUUUGUUUUGUGAAAAGAGAA